AUGGCAGUGGGGGUUGAUCCACCGGGAAAUUCCCACAGUCCAUCUCCACAUUCACCAGUCAACGUCCUCUCGCAGCUGCCAAUUCUAUCUCCAGAAACACCAUCUCCUGCUCCUUCCCCCUCAUUUGCCUUUCCUCAUGCGCCUGUACCUUCAGAUCCCUCUCCAGCGCUAACCAAUUCUUCUUCUCCUAACAAGUCUCCGACAUCGACACCGACACUGGCUGCUGUAUCGAAUGUAGUAGGCAAAGACGAGGUAAAUAUGGGUAAUGUGGGGUUAAAGAAGGACUCCUCCUCCGACAGGAGGAAUGUUGGGGAAAAAGCCGGUGUGGCAAUCGCAGUGGUCGCAGGAGCGUGUACCAUCAUUUACAUUCACUCUCCUCUCCAGUCCACUGUCGAUAUUUGA